CCCCCACCUCCCGGUAAGAAGAUCCCGUGAUCAGCUUCAGCCACUGGCAGGCAGACCUGGUCACCCUCAGAGUUUACAUAAAGGGACGGUGGAAGCCCGAGAGGCCACAGUGCUGAUACAGGGCUCCCAGACAUCAUGCGUUGGUCCUUGCACCCCCGGAGUUUAAUUCUCUACUUCUACACUCUUUUAUUCCUCUCUUCAACAUGCCUAGCACUUGUUCCCCCCACAGACAACUGCUGCAUCUCAGAUAAAAGAUUUGGUCGUUACUGCCCGACUACAUGUGGCAUUGCAGAUUUCUUGCUUAAUUACCAAACCGAAGUAGACCAGGAUCUACAGUCUGUGGAGGAAACCUUACGUAAUAUCAAAAACAACACAUCAGAAGCCAAAAAACUGAUCAGAGAAAUCCAAAGCUUCUAUAGCACUGACGGCCUACCGAAGUCAGAUAGGAUAGAAGCUUCUAUUAAGGAAUCUCAGAAAAUGAUGGAAGAUAUUAUGAAAUUUGAAACAUUGAUUAUAUCACAUGACUCAAGUAUUCGAUUUUUGAAGGACAUAUUUAAUACAAAUAAGCAGAAGAUCGCUACCUUAAAACAGAAAGUAGACCAGCUUGAAGCAAAGUGUCAAGAGCCUUGCAAAGACACAGUCAAAAUACACGAUAUAACAGGAAGAGAUUGUCAAGAUAUCGCCAAUAAGGGAGGCAAAGAGAGUGGGCUUUACUUUAUCAAACCUCUGACAAGUCAGCAGCAGUUCCUAGUCUACUGUGAAAUGGAAAAAAAUGGAAAUGGAUGGACUGUGCUUCAGAAGAGGCUUGAUGGCAGUGAGGAUUUCAAGAAAAACUGGAUCCAAUACAAAGAAGGGUUUGGACAUCUGUCUCCUACGGGCACCACAGAAUUUUGGCUGGGGAAUGAGAAGAUGCAUUUGAUAACCACACAGACUACCAUCCCAUACGUAUUAAGAGUGGAGUUGGAGGACUGGAACGGCAGAAUCGCGUACGUUUAGAAAAGACUUUGUGUUGUCUAGAAUGUGCAUUUUCCAACCAUCAACAGACCACGGGCAGAGACAGCUUCACAAAU